AUGCGGAAUGGCCAGGGAACUCUUGAUGCUGAUGCAGCUGGGAACAUUGGGGUGCGAAUGUACCGACCUAUGAUCCUCUCGCAGAAAGAUCUCGUCACGUUCAUAGAGAAGAACAAGAAAUGGAAGCUUCUUGUCAUCCAUAUCUAUUCACACUCUAAUGUGAGGAGAGAGGAAGUGGAGGAGAUGGAGAAGAGAAUUGUUGAGAAAAUGAGUCAUGCUCGAAAUGGCGUUCUUCUGAUGCUUGCUGCAUUGACGCUGAAGCACUGCGCUACACAUUGGAUAGACUUCUUCAACUGCUCGAAAUUGAGAAGGCACUAUCGGUGCCUCCUGGAAACAAACCAUCGACCCAUUGCUGAGGAGCUCCUGCAUUCCUCUAAGGAAGAACUCAAGGACUACAAAAAUGGCUCAGAUCGGAAUGUAUAUGAAAAGAAAAUACUACUUGCAAUCGAUGAAGAGAAGAGCUGCUUGCAAGAAGUGAAGACGAUGGUUGAUAGCCUGAGGAAUUUCCAAGGUGAAGGCAUGGAUCAAUUGAAAACUGUGAUCGAUAGUUUGAAGAAAUCCGAAGAAGAAAUAAUGGACCGAUUGAAGAUCGCGGUUGAUUGUAUGAAGAAAUUUGAAGAAGAAAAAAUAUCUGAAUUGAAGUGCGCUGUUGAUGGUUUAAAAUUCUCUGAAGAAGGAAGCAUGGACCGAAUAAAAGAGAUGAUUGAUAGUUGGAAGUUAUCCGAAGGUGAUAGGAUGGACGAAUUGAGGAACAUGAUUGGUUUCAAGAUAUCUGAAGGAGAGGGCUUGGGCAAGCAAAUUCUGAUACUGCAAGGGCUCCAGAAUGACCGAAAGGAAAAUAGGAAGGUGAGAUUCCAAUUGUUUUACCUUUUCAAAUUGGAAGAAAUCGCGGCAUCCUUCAUUGAAAACAUGGUGGAAGACCUAUCGAUGAGACUGACUGAGGGUGAGAUGGAGAGACAUUUAGCGGAGCAAAGUAUACGGCAGUUGACAGAGUCUAAUGCAACGCUUGAGCCUCCACAUGAAGAAGUUCUAGAACAUUUUGAGAGGGAGCAGUUCUUCCAUCAAGAGAGAGGGACGGAGCUCAAAGCGGCCAAAACUAAGGUGGAAAGGACGCCACAGCAGCUGGAGCAACUUCAAUCACGACUGGCUCUGGUAUGA